AUGCCAGCUCCACCACCUUCACCCAACUCUAUAAAUUAUGGUGAAGACAUCAACUACAAUGUGCUCCACUCAAUCUUCUGUGAUUGUGGUCCGAAGAUUACAGAAAACCAAACUGAAAUGAAAAUGUUGAAGGAGCAGCUAGGACAAGAUUAUAUCGUUUGCAGGAUCGACCAUAUCAGUCUCCAGCACAAGCUGGAUGAUCAUGAUCAGAAGUUUAAAGUCGUUGGUGUUGCUCUGGGUGGCAUGAUGUUGGAGAUGCUCUUGUUGCUAGUUGUUGUGCUCCAUUUCCUUGUUAAGCUUUGGUUAUGGGUUGAUCUGCAGCUAAGGUGGUUAAUGGUUAAGAAGGUUAUUAGUAUGUAG